UUGUGCACACAAUAUGGCUUGUCAAGAAGACGAUUCACAACAUUUCAAGGGUACGCACGAAGUACAAGAAUGUCUCGAGGGGGAAGCUGAAGCAGAUCUACACACACACUUUGCUGACUGUACGAAAAAUCCUGGCCAUGCAGGGUUUAUACCUGUAAACAAGUUCACUGUUGGACACUUUCCAUCUGGUUACCAUGACAACGACCUUUAUGAACUCACAAAAGCUGUAGCUGAUAUCACGGUUAGUAUAGCCGUUAAGUUCACCAGUCCAGACAGACCCGAGUUUGUGCCAGGCACUCAAGAUCCAUAUCCUUGCUACAGCUCCAGGGGUAAGAAGCUAUUGAGGACAGGGACGGGGAGGGUGUUUGCAUUGACCAAGUACACAGAGGGCAUGGACCGGGCAGACGGCGACUACAGAACUUGUCCAUGCCCUGAAUGUGUCAAGUCUGCCACGCCCAGCAAAGUGUGGUGGGAAAUUUUUGUGCAGACAGCCAGACAUGUGGUGUUUGAUGAGAGUGAGGCGAGACAGUCCAGCUGUAGGUUGUGGUUUGAUGAUGAUCAAAGUCCAGUGGUUAAGAUGUGUGGGCUGGGGAUGGACGUAUCAGUCACUGAGGGAGAUAUGUGUGACGUGUACUAUGCUACACAUGACGUACAGGUCGGUGACAGACUUCAAGAGAUGGGGAAGCGAUACAGUCAACUCGGUGGGAAGGUCAUUCAAAAAUACAGGGAUGGUAGAGAUGUGGACAAGCUGACCAUCAUAGUGUCACAUCCGCAUGGCUGUUCUAAGCAGGUCUCUGUAGGUCACUGGGUUCACAGGGAGGUACUGGGCGACGAUGGCAACUACAAGUUUACCAAAUACAGGUAUACGAACAGUACCUGUCCAGGUAGCAGUGGUGCUCUGGUAUACAUUGUGGGGUGCUGGUCGGUCCACCCCCACAGUGGGUCAAAACCUGAUGGAAUCAACUACAGUGGCGUGAUGUUGGAAUAAAACAUUAAUGAAUCAACUACAGUGGCGUGAUGUUGGAAUAAAACAUAAAUGAAUCAACUACAGUGGCGUGAUGUUGGAAUAAGACAUUAAUGAAUCAACUACAGUGGCGUGAUGUUGGAAUAAGACAUUAAUGAAUCAACUACAGUGGCAUCAUGUUGCAAAAAGACAUUAUUUUGUUCUCUUUUUUCCACACUUUAAACAACUAUCAUUAUUAAUCAGUAAAUGAAUCGAAUGUAUCAACAUAAUAUUCUUUAUAAAAGUUGUUUUCCUUUUCUAUGUAAAUUUGGUAUUGCAGCUUAACACAAUGCAUGUAAAAUAAAGUAUGUAACUAAAAUUUAUUGUAACAUUUCAAAUGCAAGGAAUCCCUUAGAUUUACCCAUUAUUGAUUUCCAAUUCUAUAAUCAAGUUAGUAUCAAUGUAGUUAGUGAAAAUUUUUCUACGUUAGUGUAACACUACUAGGUCAGUGUAAGCAGUUUGAUGUCGUAAAAACAUGUUUAGGUGGUUGAGUGACGUAUUUCAA